AUGAAGUUCGUCUCCUUGGUAGCAGUAACGGUUUUGGCUAGUUUGGGACUGGCCACCUCAGUAGAAGAAAAUGAUAAUGGGUUUUUCAAACUCGGUUUCGAAGUCAAAAGAGGUGACGGCCUUGCUAAUAUUGAUUCUGACAAGAAGGGAAGAUUCGUCAAAAGAGCCUCAUCCAACAACCCUAUUGAAGUCCAGCUUGAAAAUGCCGAAACCUUCUACAUUGCUGAUUUGAAUAUUGGCUCUAAGGAAGAUAAAGUCCAGGUUUUGGUGGAUACUGGCUCGUCUGAUUUGUGGGUGAUGUCUGGUGACGUGAAAUGCUUAGCUUCUUCUUCUUCUUCUACCAAAAAGCGGAACUUAGCAUCAGAUAUCGGAGCUCAUAGAGGUGGUAAUGUGAUUGAUAUCGCUAGUAAACCAACCAAAACCGUCAACAAGGGUAUUCUUAAUGAAUACUCAAGUCUUUUGAGUGAAAUUGGAAUUGAGGCUACAGACGUUUCUUAUGAGUCAUCUGACCCUUGGGUUGACCCAGGUUUGGGUGGAUUCGCUAGUUUGGUCAGUGAAUCCUCUUAUGAAUCUGGCCAAAGUGGUUCUGAUGGUGAUCUGGAUGCUAGUGCAACUGUUGAUUGUACAUCUUAUGGUUCUUUCAGUACUGAGGGUUCGGAUACUUUCAAAAAGAACUCUUCCAGUGACCUCUUCGACAUCUCCUACGCGGAUGGUAGUGAAGCCAUUGGGGUAUGGGGUACUGAUGAUGUUAAAAUCGGUAACGUGACCGUCAAGGGCUUGAGCUUAGCUGUGGUUAAUGAAAGUUCUUCUGACGUUGGAGUUUUGGGUAUUGGAUUGCCUGGUUCCGAAGUCACUUACUCAGGUUCAUCCAGCUCUUCCUAUGAGUACGAUAACUUACCGUUAAGAUUAAAAGCAUUGGGCUAUCUCAAGAAAGUCGUUUACUCUUUAUACUUGGGGGAUUCCGACUCCAAAUACGGUGAUCUCUUGUUUGGAGCUGUGGAUACUUCAAAAUAUUCGGGUGAUUUAACCACUUUUCCCAUUGUUAACAGCUAUGCUUCUUUGGGUAUCUCAUCACCCAUCAGGUUGGAAAUUAAUUUGGACAGUGUCAGCGCAGCCGCUUCCAACUCAUCUAGUAAACACAAAGUAGCUGAUAACGGUUACACUGCUUUAUUGGAUUCUGGUACUACGUUGUGUUACUUUCCUGAAAGUGUAGUUACCAAGUUGGGUGAAUCUUUCAACCUUGACUACUCUCAAAAUGUUGGUGCCUAUUCAAUUGAUUGUAACCUCGAUUCAGCUGCUCAAGUCGUUUUCACAUUUUCUGGUACCAGUUAUUCAGUUUCUUUAUCAAGCUUCAUUCUUGAAAGUGAUGGAGACACUUGUUAUCUUGGUAUCAUUGGACAAUCAGCGGAUUCUGAAACUGGUUUGGAAUCCUACAUUCUUGGUGACAAUUUCCUCAGAAACUUUUAUGUGGUUUAUGACUUGGAAGAUUUAACUAUCUCCUUGGCAAAGGCCAAGCACGACUCUUCUGACUCAAACAUCGAAAGUGUUUUGAGUACUAUUCCCGGUGCUUCUAGUGCCAAGAAUGCAAAGACAUCUGCUUUGACAGGUGGAUCUGAAUCACCCUCUGCUACAGCUGUAACAACCUUAGCUAAUGGUUCUGACUCUACUUCCGAAGCCACAGAAGACUCAGAUUCAGACUCUGGGUCCGAUGGCGAUUCAGGUAACACGAAGGAUUCCUUUGCCUUCAGGGUUGCUCCUAGCUUUUUCAUGGUAUUUGCAUCUCUAACCUUGGUUGCCUUUUUUUAA